AUCCCAGAGACCCGCCCUCGAGGCCCCGGCUGACUGGGCGUGCCGGCCGCGCGGGGGUGGGGUUGGGAGGAGGGGCGGGGCGCCGGCGUGGGAAGGGGCGCUGGGAGGUCCUGCCCCUCCGCCCUCCGCCUCGGGCUCUGCAGGCGGCCGAGGCUCCACCCGCUUCCUGGAGCCGGGUCCCGCUCCGAACUGCGCCCCGGGGCGGCGGGGAGGUUCGCUCCUCCGAAGGGUGGGGGCGAGGAGGGUGGUAGGGGUUCCUACAGUGGGCCGCUUCCGGGUAAAGCGAACAGAAUAUGCCAGUCAUUCCAUCCGGCACCUAUGUUAGGAAAUUGGACCGUGGUGAUUCACCAUGGCUUACGGCUUGCCAAGAAAGAACACAGUGAAAACCAUAUUGCGGGGCAGUUGUUAUAACGUACAGGAACCUUGGGAACUUGCACUGCUUACAGAGACCUGGUACACGAACCUAGCCAACAUCAAGUUGCCAUUCUUGGGAGAAAUUUCAUUUGGUAGUCCUUUACACCUCAAAAAAACUAAAACCAUUAAGAAUGCUCUACUCCCUUCUGCAGAAUCUAUGAAACUUGAAAGGGAGUAUGAAAUGAAGCGCUUGAAUCGCCUGAAAUGUCAGGAGAAUGUAGCUGAGGAAAUUCAGCUUUCCCUAAGGGAAAGGCAAGUUGGUUUGAGAAGACCUCUUCCACCUAAGUGAUAUCAUCUCGUAGUUGAACCUGUACUCAGUGCUUUCCACAUCCAAAGGCAAUGAAGGUCUCCAGCCUUUUGCUGUGUGAAGUUGGGUAC